AAGCCCCCUGGGUGCCCUGCAAUGUCAGACCCUGCCCUGCCCCUCCGCCUCUCUGCUAUUGCCCGUGUCCAGAUUUGGGUGAUCCCAGCAGAGAGGUGUGACUGAUGGGAACUGAUGAACUGAUGGGAGCAGGGCAAAGCUGGUGGGAUGACAUGUGACCAGCCUGAAGUGCAAUGUUUACCCCAGUCGGAGCAGCUCUGAGCAAAGCUAGCCAGAGUCGUGGCAGGAGCUGGAUUUUGAGCAAGUCUGGAUCGGAUGAUAGUACCAGCUGGAACGCAGGCAGAAGCCCAUGAUUUUUUGGUCCAUCCGUAGCAGUUUCAGAUGACAGAGAAUGGGGAGAACUCGCGGUACAAGUCAUCCGGCUCCAGCGGCGAAGAGGAGCUGAACCCAGGCAAGAAGAAGCUGCGGAGGCAAAGGACUCACUUCACCAGCCAGCAGCUGCAGGAGCUGGAGGCCACCUUCCAGCGCAACCGCUACCCAGACAUGAGCACCAGGGAGGAGAUCGCAGGCUGGACCAACCUGGCAGAACCCAGGAUCAGGGUCUGGUUUAAGAACCGCAGAGCCAAGUGGCGGAAGAAGGAGCGGCACCUGCAGACUGAGCUGUGCAAGGGGGGCUUUGGCCCCCAGCUGAACGCUCUGCCCAGGGGCCCGUAUGAAGACCUCUACCCCAGCUACUCCUACAACAGCUGGGCCCCCAAGGGCUUCCAGGCCAGCCCCCUCCCCGGCAAAGGUUUCCAGCUCUUCAGUGCUGUGGAUUUCAAUUCCUUCUCCCCACAAGCCAUGUUCCCAGGGGUGGCAACAGCCUCCAUGCCCAGGGUCCCGGCCCUGGAGAACUUCAACAGCCUGGCUGGCCCCGCCAGGUCUCCCGCCCCCACCUGUGGACCCGAAGCUUCGCCUUACAUGUACAGGGACCCCUGCAACGCAAGCCUGGCAGGGGUGAGACUCCGGGCAAAGCAGCCCCAGCCCCUUGGCCUCGAGGUCCUGCCACGCCCAGCUACAAGCCCCAGCUCCUGCCAGUACACACUGGACAGGCCCAUAUGAAGGGGACCCCAGAGCACCGGUACCAGCCCCCUCUCCAGACCGUACAGAGGGGUGGAGGGUUCUCUCACCAAGGACAGUGUGGAGGGAGGGGGGUUCCCCAGUUCUGGGACAGUGCCCUCCACCGCGCCAGAGCUGCCCUCAAAGCCCAUGCACCCCACCUCCCUCUGCCAGUGCCUAGCUCAGGGAGCCCAGGGGUUGCCAAAGGCUAUGAGCAGCCCCAAAGAUUGUGGCUUAGCCCAAGACCUGUAGAUCUGGCCCCAGACA